AUGGGAGACAUGGCUGGAGUCGAGACCUUUGCCGCCAUCACUAAUUCAAUCGCCUCUACCUCCAUCACUAAUUCAAUCGCCUCUGCCUCCAUAACUAAUACAAUCGCCUCUGCCUCCAUCACUAAUUCAAUCGCCACAGCCUCCAUCACUAAUUCAAUCGCCUCUGCCUCCAUCACUAAUUCAAUCGCCACUGCCUCCAUCACUAAUUCAAUCGCCUCUGCCUCCAUCACUAAUUCAAUCGCCUCUAACUCCAUCACUAAUUCAAUCGCCACUGCCUCCAUCACUAAUUCAAUCGCCUCUACCUCCAUCACUAAUUCAAUCGCCUCUGCCUCCAUCACUAAUUCAAUCGCCUCUACCUCCAUCACUAAUUCAAUCGCCUCUAACUCCAUCACUAAUUCAAUCGCCUCUGCCUCCAUCACUAAUUCAAUCGCCUCUACCUCCAUCACUAAUUCAAUCGCCACUGCCUCCAUCACUAAUUCAAUCGCCUCUACCUCCAUCACUAAUUCAAUCGCCUCUGCCUCCAUCACUAAUUCAAUCGCCUCUGCCUCCAUCACUAAUUCAAUCACCUCUACCUCCAUCACUAAUUCAAUCGCCUCUGCCUCCAUCACUAAUUCAAUCACCUCUACCUCCAUCACUAAUUCAAUCACCUCUACCUCCAUCACUAAUUCAAUCGCCUCUACCUCCAUCACUAAUUCAAUCGCCUCUGCCUCCAUCACUAAUUCAAUCACCUCUACCUCCAUCACUAAUUCAAUCACCUCUACCUCCAUCACUAAUUCAAUCACCUCUACCUCCAUCACUAAUUCAAUCGCCUCUGCCUCCAUCACUAAUUCAAUCACCUCUACCUCCAUCACUAAUUCAAUCACCUCUACCUCCAUCACUAAUUCAAUCGCCUCUGCCUCCAUCACUAAUUCAAUCGCCUCUAACUCCAUCACUAAUACAAUCGCCUCUGCCUCCAUCACUAAUACAAUCGCCUCUGCCUCCAUCACUAAUUCAAUCGCCUCUUCCUCCAUCACUAAUUCAAUCGCCUCUGCCUCCAUUACUAAUAUAAUCGCCUCUGCCUCCAUCACUAAUUCAAUCGCCUCUGCCUCCAUUACUAAUAUAAUCGCCUCUGCCUCCAUUACUAAUAUAAUCGCCUCUGCCUCCAUUACUAAUAUAAUCGCCUCUGCCUCCAUCACUAAUAUAAUCGCCUCUGCCUCCAUCACUAAUACAAUCGCCUCUGCCUCCAUCACUAAUACAAUCGCCUCUGCCUCCAUCACUAAUUCAAUCGCCUCUGCCUCCAUCACUAAUUCAAUCGCCACUGCCUCCAUCACUAAUUCAAUCGCCUCUACCUCCAUCACUAAUUCAAUCGCCUCUGCCUCCAUCACUAAUUCAAUCGCCUCUACCUCCAUCACUAAUUCAAUCGCCUCUGCCUCCAUCACUAAUUCAAUCACCUCUACCUCCAUCACUAAUUCAAUCGCCUCUGCCUCCAUCACUAAUUCAAUCACCUCUACCUCCAUCACUAAUUCAAUCACCUCUACCUCCAUCACUAAUUCAAUCGCCUCUACCUCCAUCACUAAUUCAAUCGCCUCUGCCUCCAUCACUAAUUCAAUCACCUCUACCUCCAUCACUAAUUUAAUCACCUCUACCUCCAUCACUAAUUCAAUCACCUCUACCUCCAUCACUAAUUCAAUCGCCUCUGCCUCCAUCACUAAUUCAAUCACCUCUACCUCCAUCACUAAUUCAAUCACCUCUACCUCCAUCACUAAUUCAAUCGCCUCUACCUCCAUCACUAAUUCAAUCACCUCUACCUCCAUCACUAAUUCAAUCGCCUCUACCUCCAUCACUAAUUCAAUCACCUCUACCUCCAUCACUAAUUCAAUCGCCUCUACCUCCAUCACUAAUUCAAUCACCUCUGCCUCCAUCACUAAUUCAAUCGCCUCUACCUCCAUCACUAAUUCAAUCACCUCUACCUCCAUCACUAAUUCAAUCGCCUCUACCUCCAUCACUAAUUCAAUCGCCUCUGCCUCCAUCACUAAUUCAAUCGCCUCUUCCUCCAUCACUAAUUCAAUCGCCUCUGCCUCCAUUACUAAUAUAAUCGCCUCUGCCUCCAUCACUAAUUCAAUAGCCUCUGCCUCCAUCACUAAUUCAAUCACCUCUACCUCCAUCACUAAUAUAAUCGCCUCUGCCUCCAUCACUAAUAUAAUCGCCUCUGCCUCCAUCACUAAUUCAAUCGCCUCUGCCUCCAUUACUAAUAUAAUCGCCUCUGCCUCCAUCACUAAUUCAAUCGCCUCUGCCUCCAUUACUAAUAUAAUCGCCUCUGCCUCCAUCACUAAUACAAUCGCCUCUGCCUCCAUCACUAAUACAAUCGCCUCUGCCUCCAUCACUAAUUUACUCACCUCUACCUCCAUCACUAAUUCAAUCACCUCUACCUCCAUCACUAAUACAAUCGCCACUGCCUCCAUCACUAAUACAAUCGCCUCUGCCUCCAUCACUAAUUCAAUCACCUCUACCUCCAUCACUAAUUCAAUCACCUCUACCUCCAUCACUAAUACAAUCGCCUCUACCUCCAUCACUAAUUCAAUCGCCUCUUCCUCCAUCACUAAUACAAUCGCCUCUGCCUCCAUCACUAAUACAAUCGCCUCUGCCUCCAUCACUAAUACAAUCGCCUCUGCCUCCAUCACUAAUACAAUCGCCUCUGCCUCCAUCACUAUUUCAAUGGCCUCUACCUCCAUCACUAAUACAAUCGCCUCUGCCUCCAUCACUAAUUCAAUCGCCUCUGCCUCCAUCACUAAUUCAAUCGCCUCUGCCUCCAUCACUAUUUCAAUCGCCUCUGCCUCCAUCACUAAUACAAUCGCCUCUGCCUCCAUCACUAAUUCAAUCGCCUCUGCCUCCAUCACUAAUUCAAUCGCCUCUGCCUCCAUCACUAAUACAAUCGCCUCUGCCUCCAUCACCAAUUCACUUCUUAUGGAAUGA